AGGGAACUGCCUGUCUCGCUUAGGACCAGUGUGUCACACCACACGUGCGGUGUCUGGGUGUGGCUGUGGGUUUCAGAACCCAUGGGGAGUUGUGAGUCACUUGGUGGAGGUCAUGUUGUGUGCCCAAGUGUGUGUUAGGUUGUCUCUGACUGUGCUGUGGGUGAGGGUGUCCUGUGGUGUCUGGGUGUGGCUGCAUGCAGGCAUGUGUCACACUGUGCAGACUGUUGUGUGUGACUGUUGUGUGCCAGUGUGUCUUCACCCACGUGGGUGCAUGCUCUUCCUUGCUCUGCCCCGAGACACACCCCAACUCCUCCUUACUCUGAGAAGGGAGGUUGGAGAGCCUCCCUGCUGCCCAAGGGCCUCCUCAGCCCCUCCCUGCCCUGCCCAGCCGUCACCACCCCCCAGAGGGCAAGGGCUCCGCUGUGCCUCAGAGCAAGAGCCCCAGAGCAACUGAGAAGAGCAGGCUGAUGACCUGCUAGCCACAGUGGCUGCCCUUUGUGUGCUACGAGGUGGGGGACCCUGGGCAGGAAGCUGGCUGAGCCCCAAGACCCAGGGGGCCAUGGGCGGGGAGCUGGUGCCUGGCCUGGGGGCUCUGCAGCGGCGAAAACGCCUGCUGGAGCAGGAGAAGUGGCUGGCCUGCUGGGCACUGACGCUGGCAGGAAUUGGCAUCGGGCUCAUGGUACUACACGCAGAGAUGCUGUGGUUCGGAGGGUGCUCGUGGGCACUCUACCUGUUCCUGGUUAAAUGCAUCAUCAGUAUCUCCACCUUCAUGCUCCUUUGCUUCAUCUUGGCCUUUCAUGCCAAAGAGGUCCAGCUGUUCAUGACUGACAACAGCCUCCGGGACUGGCGCGUGGCGGUGACGGGGCGGCAGGUGGCGCAGAUCGUGCUGGAACUGGCGGUGUGCGGGCUGCACCCGGCUCCCGUGCAGGGCCCGCCGUGCAUGCCGUCAAUCGCGACGCAGUCCUGGCCGGGAUUUCUGAGCCAGGGGGAGGCGCUGCUGUCGCUGGCCAUGCUGCUGCGCCUCUACCUGGUGCCCCGCGCCCUGCUCCUGCGCAGCGGCGUCCUGCUCAACGCGUCCUACCGCAGCAUCGGUGCCCUCAACCAGGUCCGCUUUCGCCACUGGUUCGUGGCCAAGCUGUACAUGAACACGCACCCCGGCCGCCUGCUGCUCUGCCUCACGCUUGGCCUCUGGGUCACCACUGCCUGGGUGCUGUCUGUGGCUGAGAGGCAGGCUGUGAACGCCACGGGACACCUUUCAGACACCCUGUGGCUGAUCCCCAUCACAUUCCUGACCAUUGGCUAUGGGGAUGUUGUGCCAGGCACCACAUGGGGCAAGAUUGUCUGCCUCUCCACUGGAGUCAUGGGGGUCUGCUGCACAGCCCUGCUGGUGGCCGUGGUGGCUCGGAAGCUGGAGUUUAACAAGGCAGAGAAGCAUGUGCACAACUUCAUGAUGGACAUCCAGUAUGCCAAAGAGAUGAAGGAGUCAGCUGCCCGGGUGCUACAAGAGGCUUGGAUGUUCUACAAACAUACACGCAGGAAGGACUCUGGAAGAGCCCGCAAGCACCAGCGCAGGCUGCUGGCUGCCAUUAACACGUUCCGCCAGGUGCGACUAAAACACCGAAAGCUCCAGGAACAAGUGAACUCCAUGGUGGACAUCUCCAAGAUGCACAUGAUCCUGUGUGACCUGCAGCUGGGUCUGAGCAGCUCACACCAGGCCCUGGAAAAGCGGAUGGAUGCACUGGCAGGGAAGUUGGACACCCUGACCGAGCUGCUUAGCGCUGUGCUGAGGCCAAGGCACCUUCCAGAAGCCAGCCAGGAGGCCACAUAGCUGCUCUUUCCAAAUGUCUGGCUGCCCCUGAUCUUGGUGCCGGGUACGCCCACGCUCUUCCUUCCUCUUCUGUCCACUGGUUUCUGUCUGCCUCCACUUCCCUGUCCCCUCCCCUGCUCCUCCUCUGGUGUCUGGCCUGCCUGUUCAUCCAUCUCCCUUUGUCUCCCCAGGACGCAUGGAGGAAGAACCAAGCUACUUUCCCCAGGACUGAGGUCAAGGACAGUGUCCCUUCUACUCCUGACCCAGCCCUAUGAAUAAAGCACCUCAAAUGCAAGGACUCAAGGGGGCCCCACCUUGGGGUGGGUUGACUUGCUGAGACUGCUGGAGGGGACAAUGGCUGAAGGAGGGAGGCCGUGGCCCACCCCCGAGGCCCCAGAGGGGAAAAUGGUCACCACUUUCCCAUGUACCCUCAACCAAAACACCCUCACAGUGCUGCCACAGAUAACCUCCAGCUUUCGGUUCCAAGUGGAGGUGCCUGGGGGCGGGGGUAGCUGAGGCCCAGAGGAGGAGGGCUCUGGAGGAGGGGCCCAGAGUCCAGGAUCCUGGGUUGCCUCAGUUGCCGGCUGGUCGGUGAGCUGAAGGAACCACAGCUGAAGCUGGGACAAGGCAGGGGGCAGCACCCCCUGGUGGGAGAGCAGCAGGGCGCCAUUUUUUAGAGUUGCAGCGAAGACGGUAGGGAAGAGGUAGACGGGUGAAGACUCACCAGUCUCUGCUCUCACACUUUGUAAUAAAUGUUAAACAAAGA